AUGGCCCUGAAGCACUUUAUCCUCGUAGCCCUCGCGGCUACCGCCACCCACGCCGUGCCCAACGCGGAACUAGGAGAGACCGACAACAAGGUACUGGUCGCCCGGACCUGCGACUACGACGUCGACUGCAAAAGCGCCACGGGCUCGGGCAUCGAGGCCGGCAAGUAUUGCGGUUUCUGUAAGCAGGUGCGACCUAAUUAUGUUGCCGACCACAUUUACCAGAUUAAUGGAAAGAGCGGAGCCAAGAGCUGCUGUGACUAUGGCUACUCCACGGCAUGCGCUGAUCGUUGGAAAGUCGUGAAACCUAACGUCGAAGUCAAUUGCAAGAACAGUGGAAAAGGUUACUAG